AUGACUGAUUAUACUGCCAAAGCAAAAGAAUUAAUAGCCAACAACAAGUACCUCAUGUUGUCAAAAACAUGGUGCCCCGAUUGCCAAUACGCUUACUCAAUUUUUGAUAAGUUCGGCGUUAAAGGAAAAGUGCAUAUCAUUGAACUAGACAAAUUUGAAGAUCAAACCGAAGCUGAUAAUCUUCAGUCAGGUUUCACUGAAAUUGUAGGAAGAAAAUGGGUUCCUAGCAUCUUCUUCAAUGGAGAAGUAUUUGACGAAAGUGAUUUAAAAAAAAUGGCGGCUUCGGAGGAGCUUGAGCAGUUUUUCAGAAAACAUGGUAUAAUUUGA